CGAAAUUCAGAACCACAUUUAGCACUUGGCAGUAGCACGAGUAGAAGUAACUAAUGUUAUCAAAAGUCUGAAUUAUAUUUAAAAAUAUUUGAGGCGAAAUUUAAAAACAAAGACAAGGAUCCAAACGAUAUUAUUCGUCUUUUAUAUUUCUUAACUAUCAGAAUAACAGAUGCCAUACGUCCUACUACUACAAAAUAUUUUAUCUUAAAUCUAAGAAAUACUUUCGACCUAACAAAAUGGGUAAUAAAGCCUCAGGUGGAGCUAAUGGCGUGCCAAAAGGUAUACAACCAUCAGCCAAUAGACACAUCUUUGUAAGCUACUGCCAUAAAGACAAAAUGUUGGUGAAUAAAAUAUAUAGAGGGCUGACGGAUGACGGUUUCGAUGUUUGGAUUGAUCAAGAAAACAUGGGAGGCAACCUACUAGAAGGAAUGGCCAAAGCUGUCGAAGACUCGUGGGUUGUCCUUAUUUGUAUGUCUGAACACUACCAGAGCAGCCCCAACUGUAAAAUAGAAGCUGAAUACACAGUCAUGCAGCAUAAAGAAUACAUUAUGCUUAAAAUGCAGGAAAACUUUUCCCCUCAAGGCUGGCUAGGUGCUACACAAGGGGCCAAAAAAUUUUACGACUUUAGUAAAUCUGGCAAUUAUGACAGCAUGCUCAAGGAAUUACUCAAAGAGUUGCAGGCAGUACGUUUUCGGGUUUUGCUGGACCUAAAACAAGUGCCAAUAGUCCAAGACAAGAAAUUACCUACAACAAGUACGACUCAGCCAUCUCUACCCACAACGACAUCUGUAACAAGAGAGCGAACAAAUCCUGAAAUUCCAACACCAUCUAUCACUGAACCCCAGCCAAGGGAAAGUACACCACCCGGUACUUGA